AUGAGAAAUGAGCGUCUUAAGAAUGCUUCAGAAGAAGAGAUAGCAGAGCUAAGAUCUGAAAUCUCCAGUCUAAAAAGUCAGCUAUAUCAAGCUAGAAAAGAUGUGCGAGAUAAAGGAAAAUAUAUUUCUAGUGUAAAUUCAGCAGAUAAUACAGGCGGUCUACCAACUGGAAGAGAAGUAGCAAUAGGGUAUUUAAGAGGAUGUAUGAGUGGAAGAACCCUAGAAUGGUUUGAUGAGAAAAUUACUAUAAAGAUAAAUUGGAA